CCCUGUGCUCCCUGGUUCUCCAAGGCGGUUGAGUCCCCGGACAGUGGCCAGAGGGAGGCAAGGCCCCAAACACGGACAGCAGUACCUCAAAGUGCCAGGUCCACAGGCCCCGGGUCUGCAGGACAGUACCAGAAGAAACUCCAGGCCCAUCUCCAGGAGAGAAUGCCCUGGUGGCAGUUCUGUCAUCAAUAACUACCUGGAUGCCAAUGAACCAGUGUCCUCGGAAGCCCGUCUGAGCCGCAUGCACUUCCAUGACAACCAGAGGAAGGUCGACUAUGUGCUCGCCUAUCAUUACCGGAAACGUGGGGCGCACCUGGGCCAAGGCUCCCCUGGCCACUCUCUAGCUGUUGUCUCCAAUGGGGAGACAGGCAAGGAGCGUCGUGCUGGGGGCCCUGGUGACAUUGAACUUGGGCCACUCGAUGCCCUAGAGGAGGAGAGGCGGGAGCAGAGAGAUGAGUUUGAACACAACCUGAUGGCGGCUGGACUGGAGCUGGAGAAGGACUUGGAGAGUAAAAGCCAGGGAUCCGUCUUUGUCCGGAUACACGCCCCAUGGCAGGUGCUGGCCAGAGAAGCAGAGUUCUUGAAGAUCAAAGUUCCCACCAAGAAAAUGUACGAGAUCAAAGCAGGAGGCAGCAUAGCGAAGACGUUCAAUGCGAUUCUACAGAAGUUGAGCUCACCCCUGCAGCCCAGAGUACCUGAACACAACAACAACAGGAUGAAAAACCUCUCCUACCCAUUCUCCAGGGAGAAAAUGUACCUGUACAACAUCCAGGAAAAGGACACAUUCUUUGACAACGCCACCCGUAGUCGCAUUGUGCACGAGAUUCUGAAGCGUACAGCCUGUUCUCGAGCCAACAACACCAUGGGUAUUAACUCUCUGAUAGCAAACAAUAUCUAUGAGGCUGCCUACCCGCUUCAUGACGGUGAAUACGAUAGUCCAGGGGAUGACAUGAAUGACAGAAAGCUGCUGUAUCAGGAGUGGGCACGCUAUGGAGUGUUUUAUAAGUUUCAACCCAUUGACCUCAUCAGAAAGUAUUUCGGAGAAAAAAUUGGACUGUAUUUUGCUUGGCUGGGGUUAUAUACUUCAUUCCUUAUCCCGUCUUCUGUAACUGGAGUGAUUGUCUUUCUUUAUGGAUGUGCAACAAUCGAAGAAGAUAUUCCCAGCAAAGAGAUGUGUGACCAGCAUAAUGCCUUUACCAUGUGUCCCCUGUGUGACAAGUCCUGUGACUACUGGAACCUCAGUUCAGCCUGUGGGACUGCGCGGGCCAGCCACCUGUUUGACAAUCCUGCUACGGUGUUCUUCUCAAUCUUCAUGGCUCUGUGGGCCACCAUGUUUCUGGAAAACUGGAAGAGACUACAGAUGCGGCUGGGCUACUUCUGGGACCUGACUGGGAUAGAAGAGGAGGAAGAACGUUCCCAGGAACACUCCCGGCCAGAGUAUGAAACCAAAGUUCGAGAGAAAAUGUUAAAGGAGAGUGGCAAGUUGGUUGUCCAGAAAUUGGACGCGAACUCGGCUGAGGAUGAUGAGGAUGAUGAAGAUAAACUGAGUUGGAGAGAUCGGUUCCCUGGAUACUUGAUGAACUUCGCCUCCAUAUUGUUCAUGAUUGCUCUGACAUUCUCUAUCGUCUUUGGAGUCAUUGUGUAUCGGAUCACAACUGCAGCUGCUCUGUCCCUCAACAAGGCCACACGCUCCAAUGUCCGGGUGACCGUGACAGCAACGGCGGUUAUCAUUAACCUUGUGGUCAUCCUCAUCUUGGAUGAGAUCUAUGGUGCUGUGGCCAAGUGGCUCACCAAAAUCGAGGUUCCGAAGACAGAACAGACCUUUGAAGAGCGCUUGAUCCUCAAAGCUUUCUUGCUCAAGUUUGUCAAUGCCUACUCCCCCAUCUUCUAUGUGGCCUUUUUUAAGGGGAGAUUUGUGGGCAGGCCUGGAAGCUACGUCUAUGUGUUUGAUGGUUACCGCAUGGAAGAGUGUGCUCCAGGUGGCUGUCUCAUGGAACUCUGCAUCCAGCUCAGCAUCAUCAUGUUGGGGAAGCAGUUGAUUCAGAACAAUAUCUUUGAGAUUGGAGUCCCGAAGCUAAAGAAACUAUUUCGGAAGCUGAAAGAUGAGACAGAACCCGGAGAAAGUGACCCUGACCAUUCAAAACGUCCAGAGCAGUGGGAUCUGGACUACAGCCUGGAGCCGUACACUGGCCUGACUCCUGAAUACAUGGAAAUGAUCAUCCAGUUCGGCUUUGUCACCCUCUUUGUGGCCUCCUUUCCCCUGGCUCCUGUGUUUGCUCUGCUAAACAAUGUCAUUGAAGUGCGGCUGGAUGCAAAGAAGUUUGUUACGGAGUUAAGACGCCCAGAUGCCGUGAGGACCAAAGACAUAGGAAUUUGGUUUGACAUUCUCUCUGGGAUUGGCAAAUUCUCUGUUAUCAUCAAUGCUUUCGUCAUUGCUGUCACAUCCGACUUUAUCCCCCGCCUUGUGUACCAAUACUCCUAUAGUCACAAUGGGACUCUACAUGGCUUUGUGAACCAUACCCUCUCCUUUUUCAAUGUCAGUCAGCUGAAGGAAGGAACACAGCCAGAAAACUCACAUUUCGACCAGGAGGUUCAGUUCUGCAGGUUCAAGGAUUACCGAGAGCCACCAUGGGCUCCGAACCCAUAUGAGUUUUCCAAGCAGUACUGGUCUGUUCUGUCUGCCCGACUGGCCUUUGUUAUCAUCUUCCAGAAUCUCGUGAUGUUCCUCAGUGUCCUUGUGGACUGGAUGAUCCCAGAUAUCCCCACAGACAUCAGUGACCAGAUCAAGAAAGAGAAAAGCUUAUUGGUGGACUUCUUCCUGAAGGAGGAGCAUGAGAAGGUCAAGCUCGCUGACGAGCCCACCCAGAGGAGCCAGGGCGGUGGGGAUCGGAGCAGGAGGAGCCGUGCAGCCAGCUCAGCACCCUCGGGCAGGAGCCAGCCAGGCAGCAUAGCAUCCUCCGGGUCCCAGCACACCAACGUGUGAGCCUACAGCCCACUACAGAGGAGGACCUGGUAGCAGUGACACGUAUGCGCACACAUGUUCCUACAGCACAACUGUUCCUCUCCAUCUGCCGGGAACUGGCUUGCAGGUGUCUUGAAAAGAGAGAAAGGAGAAUGAAGA